UGCGUUUGGCUGAAUUGGGUUUGUUCCAGCGAUUUGGAUUUGCUCGAAUUUUCGGCCUUCUCCCUGCACAACGUUGUUUCGUUUCUAAUGUUCCUGUGGCGACUGAGCUGCUUGUGUUGUUAAAGCAUGGUUCUCGAAGGGUGAUUGUAUAUUGUAAUCGUGUCAAUUUUGAACCAUGAAAGGCGAUGUUAAUAGCAGGCCUUCCUGGUUUAUCCAAGUUAUUUUCGCGGCAAUCACCUUCCUGAGCUAUGGGGGCAGAGUAUAUGGUGGGAUCACGAGUGCAUUUAUCAGAUCAGAGUGGCCUUCUGUUGACAUUCCUUUCGAUAAUGAAGCCUUUGCAGUGCCCAAGGGUCACAAUGCACCACAACAAGUGCAUGUCACACAAGGUGAUUACGAUGGGAAGGCUGUCAUUGUAUCAUGGGUGACUACUGAUGCACCUGGUUUGAGUAUAGUUCACUUUGGAACAUCUCCGGAAAGAUACACUCUUUCUGCUGAAGGGACCGUGACCAACUACACCUUCCACAAUUACAAGUCUGGUUACAUACAUCACUGUCUACUUGAGAGCCUCAAGUAUGACACCAAGUACUAUUACAAGAUUGGAGAGGGUGAUUCUUCCCGAGAAUUUUGGUUUCAAACACCUCCAAAGAUUGGUCCGGAUGCUCCAUACAAAUUUGGGAUCAUUGGUGAUAUGGGCCAGACUUACAAUUCUCUAUCCACUCUUGAGCAUUACAUGCACAGUGGAGCUCAAGCUGUGUUAUUUGUUGGGGAUCUAUCUUACGCUGAUAGGUAUCAGUACGAUGAUGUUGGCUUAAGGUGGGAUACUUGGGGCCGUUUUGUUGAAAAAAGUGCUGCGUAUCAACCCUGGAUCUGGUCUGCUGGGAAUCAUGAGAUUGAGUACAUGCCAUACAUGGGGGAAGUUAUUCCUUUCAAGUCAUACCUUUAUCGGUAUGCUACCCCUUAUUUGGCAUCCAGGAGCAGCAGUCCUCUUUGGUAUGCCAUCAGACGUGCAUCUGCCCAUAUUAUUGUGCUGUCAAGCUAUUCCCCCUUUGUGAAAUACACACCACAAUGGAGGUGGCUAAGAGAAGAAUUCAAAAGGGUGGAUAGGGAGAAGACCCCUUGGCUCAUUGUACUGAUGCAUGUCCCAAUCUACAAUAGCAAUGAUGCUCACUUCAUGGAGGGUGAAAGUAUGAGAUCAGUAUUCGAGAGGUGGUUUGUCCUAAACAAAGUUGAUGUUAUUUUCGCUGGCCACGUCCAUGCUUAUGAAAGAUCGUAUCGGAUCUCAAAUAUACAUUACAAUGUGUCAACCGGUGAUCGUUACCCUGUCCCGGAUGAGUCAGCUCCUGUCUACAUUACUGUUGGAGAUGGAGGCAAUCAGGAAGGCCUUGCUGGAAGGUUUAGAGAUCCACAACCAGAUUAUUCUGCAUUUCGAGAAGCCAGUUAUGGUCAUUCAACACUGGAAAUAAAGAAUAGAACUCAUGCACUCUACCACUGGAACCGAAAUGAUGAUGGCAAAAAGGUGGCAACAGACUCCUUUGUACUCCAUAAUCAAUAUUGGGCAACCAAUGCAAGGAGAAGAAAACUGAAGAAGAAGCAUUAUCUCACAAGCUUAGUGGGCCAAAUUUUAGCUUACUGAGCAGAAGUUCAAGCUUUCACUAGGACUGUUCUUUGACUCAAUGGAGUUGAAUAAGCAAAGUGCUAAGCUGGACCUGUCUUGUUCAGUUUAAUAGUCUCGCAUCCAGCGGACAUUUAGGUGCAUAGCAUCGCUUGCUACUGCUAAUCUGUGUGUUGCUUUGUAGCCUGUGUCGCUGGGAUAAUCCCAUCCAUAAGCAAGUGAGCUUGUUUUAGAGGAUAUCGCAAUUAACGAGCUAUUAUUUCUACUCCAGCUAUGUGAUAUGAAUUAA